AUGAGUUCGCGGAGAGGUAGUCGCGUAUAUAACUGUGUAGUAGUAGUGAUCUGCAUUGCCCUGUUUAUACGUUUGAGCGUGAUAUUUUGUUGGACGCCAUAUUGCAAAUCUGUUUUACAGAGCACCCUGAGUAACGACCACAGCAGCAACAUGUCAUCGUUGAGAGUUGUGUCUUCAAAGCUGGCUGCGCAGAUCGACCAGGAGCUGAUGGGCCCGAAGAUCGGGUUCACAUUGCAGCAGCUGAUGGAGCUUGCUGGGUUGAGCGUCGCGGAGGCCGUGCAGCGGGAAUUCCCCCCCGCUGCAACGAGGAAAGGUGUGUUGAUCGUGGCUGGUCCAGGAAACAACGGUGGUGAUGGGCUCGUCUGCGCAAGACACUUAAAGUUGUUUGGGUACGACCCAGUGGUGUACUACCCUAAGCGGAGCAGCCGGACCGAGUUCUACGGGCAGCUUGUAAAACAGCUGGACUUCUUCAACGUGCCCGUGCUGUCCGAGACGGAAAACUGGACACAGUACUUGAACCCGGACCGGACCUUGUGCGUUGUGGACGCUAUUUUCGGAUUCUCCUUCAAGCCACCCAUGCGGGAACCCUUCGCAGAGAUUAUCAAGAGAUUGCACGCCGUGCAAGAAUCCGUCCCCAUUGUCGCGGUAGACAUCCCGACAGGAUGGGACGUCGACGCGGGUCCCGUCGAAAAACCUCACCUUACCCCGAAGGUCUUCGUGUCCCUGACAGCACCCAAACCGUGCACGAACCACAUCGACCCUGCUAAGACGGUCCACUACGUGGGGGGGAGAUUCAUCCCGCAAGAGUUUGCCCAGCAGCACGGAUUCGAGCAAUUCGAUUACAAGGGCGUCAACCAGAUCCUGAAGCUGUGA